AUGUUAGAAAAUCAUGUUAGAGAAGGAUAUCGUUAUAUCCAUCUAGGAUUAAUCCAAAUAGCUAUAAAGCUUUUACAUAAACUAGGGCUAAACACUCCUAUUAUGUUAGUCCUUCGUGAUACUCAUAUUAAAGAUUUUUAUAACUCAACUAUUGCUAUAGUUGAAUCUAACCUUAAUGAUGGUUUAGUUUACUUUAACUUCCAUCCUAAUUACUCUAUGAGUUUAAUUGACGAAUUCACUAAAAACUCACUUGUCAUAUAUGUUCAAGGCCUAAGUGACACAUUUAAUCCUGGAGUUGUCAACAUAGACGUUAUUAGUAGAAUUACCUACAAAAUUUCUAAUGUUAGUUAUAAUUUUAAAUCUCUUAAAACCACUUCUAGAAAUGAAACAUGUAUUAUUGAAGUCAAUCUUAGCAGAUCUAAUGUUAUGACCCCUAAGAUUCUUACUGCUUCUGAUAUUAUUGACAAAUUCCCUCAGAAAUGGAUUUUGCAAGAUGUGGUUAAAUAUGAAAAGAUUAAAACCAGGUCUGAUAGGGAUGUUAUUCAGGAUAUUGAUGGAUCUGUCAGGAUUCAAACUAAUAGGAGCCAAUCAUUUCAUUACAAUUAG